AUGGGGAAGCAGAGUGGCGGGAAUGCCAUGGACGAACACUGCUGGGUGCGGCUGCAUACGGCAAGAGCGAGAAGAUGGUACGGGCUCUGCUCACCGCGGGGGCGAAGAGUGAUUGAUGUAAACGCUCUCUUUGGGGGUGAAAGCGAGUCCGCUCUGCACGUUGCGGCAGCGCGGGGGGCAGAGAAGGCCUCCACAGCGCUCAUGAUCGCCGGAGCAGACCCGAAUCUGCGCGAUCGGAUGAAUCGUAGUCCGCUCCAUCUCGCUGCCGAAGCUGGGCACCGUCAUAUCAUAGGUAUCCUUCUGAAAGGGGCCGAUGUAGACGCGUGGAAUGAUCGCCAGGAGACUCCUCUCCACCUGGCUGCUUCCAAGGGCCAUGCGCCGUGCAUCUCUGAGCUUUUGGUGGGCGGCGCAGACAAGGAUGCGAUCGAUAGUGUAGGUCAAACGCCACUGUGGCAUGCGGCAGAUAACAACCAACUCGAAGCUACCGAAGAGCUUCUAGCUGCCGGUGCAAACUACCCUGGGGCUGACGUCGACGCGGAGGCCACCGGCAGCGAUUGCUCCACGCCUCUCCACGUUGCCGUUGAUCGUCGUGUAGCAUCAAUCGGCACGAUCGGCGCCCUUUUGGAGGGAGGGGCGGAUAUCCACGUGUUUGACGAAAUCGACGAUACUCCACUGCACAGAGCUUGCAAGCGUUCGAGUGUAACUGGUGUUGAGCUUCUGUUGCGUCGGGGAGCAGAUGAGGAGCUCACGAACGAGGAAGGAGACGCCCCUGCGGACAUAGUAGGAGCGUCGCCGAGUAACGCCACCGUCGACGAAGAAAUCGAGGUCGACAACCAGCGCAUUCGCCGAAUGCUGGCACGCGCCCCAGCCGAUAGGUCAUGGCGUCGCCGCGGCUUGCUGGUGCUGAGUCGUUCUUGCCCGACCAGGGUGCAGAUCGCAAACAGAAGUAGCAGCGGCAGCUCUAUCGGCAGCAGCAAGGGUUGCUUCGCCAAGGUGUCGCCGGCCAGCCGCAAAAAUUCGGGCGGGGAUAACGAGGAGACGGGAGACCAGAUGGUGAUGGUCGACUGGAGGUAUUUGGUUUGCAGGCUGAUCGAACUGGAGGUUGAUGGCUUGUUCCGCUUGGUGGUGGGCUUCGUGUGA